AUGCCGGUGGCCGAUUUGGCGCACGAAAACCUGUUUCAGUUGGGUGUGUCCCAUUUUGACCAAUUUCAAGAUCUAGGCAGGCCCGAUGAUAUCGAAAAAGCAAUAGAAUGCUUUUCUCGUGCACUCGAACUGACCCCCGACGGUCAUCCUCGCUUGUCAGACCUACACGCUAAUCUGGGUGCAUCCUACGGCAGUCGAUAUAGGCGCUUUGGUGAAAUCUCCGACCUCCAUAAAACGAUCGAAUCCGCAUCCCGUGCACUUGCGAUCACUCCCAGUGGUCAUCCAGACUUGCCGAACCGACAUGGUAAUCUGGGCACGAUAUAUACUGAUCGAUAUCGACGCCUCGGCGAAAUCGCCGACCUCGAAAAAUCAAUCGAGCACAGGUCGCGUGCCCUCACUCUCACUCCUGAAGGCCACCCGGACUUGCCGCGCCGUCAUGCUGGGCUAAGUGUGUCAUAUAGCGAUAGAUAUCGACGUUUUGGCGAGCUCGCCGACCUCGAAAGGGUAAUCGAAUGCCACUCUCGUGCAAUCGCACUCACUCCCGAUGGUGACCCGAAUCUGCCAGACCGACACGCUGCGCUAGGCGUGUCGUACAGCGAUAGAUAUCUGCGUCUCGGUGAAAUUGCCGACCUCGAGAAAGCAAUCGAAUGUGACUCUCGCGCUCUCGCGCUCACCCCAGAUGGUCAUCCGGACUUGCCCGACCGGCAUGCUAGUUUAGGUGUCUCAUACACCGAUCGAUAUCGACGCCUGGGUGGACUCGCCGACCUCGAAAAAGCCAUUGAAUGCGACUCCCGUGCACUUGAACUCACUCCCGACGGUCACCCGGACUUGCCAACAAGGCAUUCUGCGCUGGGUGCAUCGUACAGUGAUCGACAUCAACGCCUUGGUGAGCUUACCGACCUCGAGAAAGUAAUCGAAUGCCACUCUAGCGCGCUCGCGCUUACUCCUGAUGGUCACCCGGACCUGCAAGACCGACACACUAAUAUGGGUGUCUCAUACGCUGAUCGAUAUCAACGUCUUGGUGAAAUUGCUGACCUUGAGAAAACAAUUGAACAUUACUCUCAUGCACUCGCACUCACUCCCGAUGGCCACCCAGACUUACCGGACCGACAUGGUAACCUAGGCACGGCAUAUAGUGAUCAAUAUCGGCGCCUCAGUAAAAUCGCCGACCUCGAGAAAUCAAUCGAACACAAUUUGCAUGCCCUCACUCUUACUCCUGAAGGUCAUCCGGACUUACUGGGACGACAUGCUGCACUAGGCGUUUCAUAUAACGAUAAAUAUCGGCACCUUGGCAAACUCGCUGACCUCGAGAGUGCAAUCAAAUGGCAAUCCAGUGCACUCACACUCACUCCUGAUGAUCAUCCAGGCAUGCCAGAUCGGUAUAGUAAUCUGGGCUUGUCAUACGGUGAUCGAUAUCGGCACCUUGGCGAACCCCUCGACCUUGAGAAAGCGGUGGAAUACCACUCUCGUGCACUGGAACUGACUCCCGAUGGACACCAGCAAUUGUCUUUUAGGCACUACAAUCGGGCCACAUCUUGCCAUGAACAAUAUCAGCGCACAAAUGACCCUUCACAUUUAGAUAUUUCGCUCCGUUCCUUUCGCAGAGCUUCCCAGUUACUCAAUGGGCCACCGCGUGAUGUGUUUAAAAACGCUCUUCGCUGGGCAAACCUUGCGUCUAAGCACAGCUAUCUCGACUGCAUGGAAGCCUUCCGUUCCACGAUCGAUCUUCUGCCUCAUUUUUUAUGGCUUGGCUCUAAGACCACCCAACGAUACUAUGAUAUAUCCAUAGCUGAAAACCUGGCUCUGAAGGCGGCCUCUGCUGCCAUACUAUCAUCCGAGUAUGCGUUGGCGCUCGAAUGGCUCGAGCAUGCGCGAUGCGUAGUCUGGAAUCAGAGCCUUACGCUUCGAUCCCCUGUAGACGUACUUCACGCCUCUCAUCCCGACCUUGCUACUCAGCUCCAGUCAAUUUCUCAACAGUUACAUCAUGUCAACUCUCAACCCCCGUCAUCUCAGUCGGCUGCAGAUACUCCCGAGCGUCGCCAUCGCCUAGCUAGGGAAUACAAUGAUCUAGUAGCCCAGGUACACAAGCUACCAGGAUUCGAGAACUUUCUUCUUCCGACACAGACCAACGAGUUAAUCAAAGCGGCUCGAAAUGGGCCUAUUGUUGUUAUUAAUUGCGGAGAAGAUCGCUGUGAUGCACUACUAGUCAUGCCAGGAAGUAGUGAAAUUGCUUGCAUUCCUCUUCCUGGAUUUACUGGUGCGAAGGCCAAGCGCACUCGCAUUGAAAUGGACAAAUCGAUCAGGAAUAGACGAUCAAGUGAACGUGGCAUAGAGCGCCGACCGCUACAAGAGGAAGAGCUCGACUUUCAAAAUGUACUCGCAGACCUUUGGUAUGAGAUUGUGAAACCAGUGCUAGACUUUCUUGGGUACACGCAUGAAAGUGGUUUAGAACCCAAAAGUAUGCCGCAUAUAACAUGGUGCCCAACUGGCGCACUAUCAUUCCUCCCUCUGCAUGCUGCCGGAGACUACAGCCGGCCACAAUCAAGGGUGUUCGACCACGUCAUAUCAUCUUACACCCCCACCCUUACUGCUCUUCUCUCCUCGUCUUCCAGUGCGUUGUAUCGCACCUCCCGGGUGCUUAUCGUAGGCCAAGAAGCUACACCAGGUCAUCAGCAGCUGCCAGGAACUAAGCAGGAGCUCGAGUGUAUUGUGCGUCACAUGCAAGGAAGGGUCGGAUACUCGCAGUUGUUGGGAAACCAAGCAACAAAGACGGGCGUGCUCGAUGCGAUGGAGGAGCAUAACUGGGUUCAUCUCGCUUGCCAUGCCCACCAGAACGCUCAUGAUCCGACCGAGAGCGGGUUCUUCCUACAUGAUGGCACCUUGGAACUAGCGUUAAUCAAUCAGCGUUCGCUGAAAAAUAAAGGCCUAGCAUUCCUCUCGGCUUGCCAGACGGCCACAGGAGACGAGAAGCUGCCUGACGAAGCAAUACACCUCGCAUCAGGCAUGCUGAUAACAGGAUAUUCGAGCGUGAUUGCUACAAUGUGGUCGGUGUACGAUGAGGACGCGCCAAUGGUGGCCGACAGGGUGUAUGCACAGCUGAUGAAAGACGGAAAGAUUGGAAACGGAGAAGCCGGGAGAGCACUACAUGGCGCGGUGGCGGAGCUGCGGGACAAAGUUGGAGAAAGGGAGUUUAGCCACUGGGUGCCUUAUAUCCAUAUAGGCUCGUAG